AUGCAAGCACUUGAAGGGCAAGAAAUAAGAAGGAUCGACAAGGAAAAACAUCAAGAGUGGCAAAUUCUGAUAAGAGACUUAUUUUCAAUACCUCGAGAUCGAUUAUUUGAAGAAUUACAACGAAAUAAUCUGUCUGAAGAUCAAAUCAAUAUUUUUUCGACAUUAACAGUCGGUAUUCCCCAUAUAUCAUCAAAUCAUCCAACAUUAUAUAUGAUUUUACAAAAAGUAUCACGAGAAUUCGAAAUCGAUCCAGUCCAAAUGUUAAAUUAUCUCAAGGAGAAGAAAUUCACAAAUCGAAUCUUUCAUCUCAACAUCGAUCUUAGAAAAUAUGCUGUUGAACAUUCAGUUUACGAUUUAAAAGAAUUUUUGGAACAAUUAAACAUGCAUCCUCUCGAUGAAGAUGAACAAGUGCUGUUACAACCGCUUUUCAGGAUAAUUUGUCAAAUAAUGAAGCAAAACGAUUUGUGA